AUGCCUCAACCCGGAGACAACUGGAGACCUCUUGACAUCGCUGUCAUUGGUGGUGGAAUCGGUGGUCUAGCAGUGUCGAUUGCCUUGAGGAGAGCAGGCCACAAAAUCACAAUCUAUGAACGAGCAGACUUUGCUGGUGAGGUCGGUGCAUCGAUCUCCUGUGCAGCAAAUGGCAUGAAGUGGCUUCACGAAUGGGGCGUCGACAUCGAGAAGGGCGAUGGCGUGUAUCUCAAGCAACUUAUCAACCGCGACUGGCAGACGGGUGAGCCUGUCAGCGUGUACGACCUGAGCGAUUAUGAGGCAAAGUGGGGCCGGCCAUACUACAUGUUCCACAGGCAAGACAUGCACAAGAUGUUCAUGGACUGUGCAAUGCAAGAAGAAGGCGCAGGCACUCCAGUCAAGCUUAUUGUCAACUACAAAGCCAUCGACAUCGACACCAACUCUGGUUCCAUUACAUUCGAGAAUGCCAACAAGACACAGCACGAAGCGAUCAUCGGAGCUGACGGUAUCGGAUCGCAAGUACGAAAGCUCAUUGGCAUCAUUGUCGACAAGCGUCCCGCCGACUCCAGCUGUCUUCACGCCAACGUCACAACCGAAGAGGCUGUAAAGCUAGGCUUCCCUGACUACGGCAAGAACAGCGCCAUCGAGUACUGGGGUGGCCACCACACCUUCAACAAGAUCGUCCUCUCGCCCUGCAAUCGCGGCACACUGCUAUCGUACUACUGCUUCUUCCCACAAGAGAAGGGCGACUUUACCGAGCAAAAAUGGGACGCGUCGUCGACGACAGAAGAGCUUCUGUCACCUUAUCCAGAUCUCGACAAGCAAGUCUGGAACCAUCUUUCAAUUGGCAAAGAGAUCCGACCAUGGCGAUUGUGGGUCCACGAGCCAUACUCGCACUGGCAGAAGGGUGUUGCCUGCAUCAUGGGCGACGCCGCACAUCCAAUGAUGCCAGAUCAGAGUCAGGGUGCUUGCACGGCGCUCGAAGACGCUGCAGCACUCGGCCUCUUGUUCAGCAAGGACUUCUGGACUGGCAGUGUUCCUGAUGCGUUGAAGCUGUACGAGACGGUGCGACACCCAAGAGCCACCAAAGUUCAGGCUGCAUCCGCUCGAGCACGAGAGAAUAUCCAUGAGAGGAUAGGCUUCAGCGACAACACCGACAACCCGUUGUACGAUGUGAAGAGAGAGGAGGGUAAGCUGACCAUCAACGAGAUGAACUCGUAUGACAUGAGAGCGGACAUUAGGAACCAUUGGCCUCAAGGCUGGCCACAGACCGAUGGCACCAACGGUGUCACGAAUGGCGUGCACUGA